CCAGGCCUGGCGUGUUGUGGCGCCAGUGAGGGGGCGCCUGUGGCUGGAGCAGAGGGAAUAGCGGGGGAGAGGGACGAAGUUGGGAAUUUGGGUUUUAAGAACCGACCUCGUGGGGGGAGAGUGUCGUGAACAAGUCUGGGUCCUUCUGGGUAUCUGAAAAGGGGGCACCUUCCUGGGUGGGUCUCUGGGAGGCUGGGGAGAUGAUGCUGUACAGGACGAGUGUGAGUGCCGGGUCCGGGCCACCGGGGCCGCUCUGUGGCACCCCUGAGCCUUACGGGCUCCAGGAACUGAGCGUGCUCUGAACCUCCCACAGGUUUCCUCCGAGCCUGCUCGGGCCACCGGCUCUGAGACCCAGGAGCUCUGUCCCGGCCACAGCCCUAGGCAACCGGGGGCUCCUGGGGACAGGAUGUAACAGGACGAUGUCACAGAGGCCAGCGGAACCUGGAACCCUGGGGGCCCCUGGCCUCGGUGCCAUCCUCCAGCACGGCCUCCCAGGCGGGUCGACUGCUCCUGAGACCGGCCUUCACAGACACGCCCGAUGCACGCUGGGUGCCACCGAGGGCAGUUUCUGCCUGGGGCCGCCCGGGGCCCAGCUGCCCCGCUCACCCGCCUCUGAGCACCCCCUCCGAGCUCGCCUCCCUUCCACCCGGGCCACGGGCGCCCUGGGAGGCCCUGGAGAUGCCCGCAGGCCUCCCGUCUGCGGUCCCCGGCGGGACCUAGCUGCGCACAGCGGCCGGAGGAGGCGGAGGGGGGGCGGCCAUGGGGUGGCGGUCGCCCUGAUCCUGCUGGCCCUGCUGGCGCCCUCGGGGGCGGUGGUGCGGGCCGUGCCGGACGGCAACGCCAGCACCCUGGACUUCGCGGACCUGCCGGCCCUGUUCGGGGUGCCCCUGGCCCCCGAGGGCGUGCGGGGCUACCUGACGGAGGCCGAGCCGGCCGACGCGUGCCGCCCCAUCGAGGGCCCGCGGCCGGGCAACGGCUCGCUGGGCGCCAUCGUGCUGAUCCGCCCAAACGACUGCACGUUCGACCUCAAGGCGCUGCACGCUCAGCGGGCCGGCUUCGAGGCGGCCGUGGUGCGCAACGUGCGCUCCGACGAGCUGGUGCGCAAGGCGCCGGGGUUCGAGGAGCCGCGACGCCAGAUCGCCAUCCCCUCGGUGUUCGUGGGCGAGGCCGCCUCGCGGGACCUGCGGCUCAUCGUGCGCUGCGACAGGGCGGGCCACGUCCUCCGGCUGCCCGACUACCCACCGUGCCCCGAGCCGGACCGCCACCCCGUGCCGGCCGCGUCCUGGGUGCUGGGCCGCGCCCUGGCCCUGCUCACGUCUGCCGUCUUCGUCCUGCGACGGCUGUGGUGGGCCUGGCUGGGGGCCCCGGGGCCCCGGGGGCCGGCGGCCCAGACGCAGGCCCGCCGGAAGGCCCGGGUCCGCACCUUCACGCGGAGGAACGACCUGUGUGCCAUCUGCCUGGACGACUACGAGGAGGGCGACCGGCUCAAGAUCCUGCCCUGUUCCCACACCUAUCACUGCAAGUGCAUCAACCCCUGGUUCGCCCAGGCCGCCCGCCGCUCCUGCCCCGUGUGCCAGCAGUCGCUGGCCGGCACCGAGGACGGCUCCGACUCCACCGUCGAGAGCUUGGGCGACGAGGACCCCUCGCUGCCCGGCCACCGGCCCCCGCUCUGGGCCGUCCAGGCCCGGCUGCGCUCGCGGAGGCUGCGGCUGCUGGCCCGAGGCAGCUCGCACGGCCGGGCCGAGGCCACUGCGUCCCCGGAGAGGCCCCCAGAGCCGCCGUGAGGCCCCGCGGCCCCUGGCCGACCCAGAUCGGGGCAGGGAGGGUGGAAACGCGGAGUGUUUCUAGUCUAGAGAGAAUAAAGUGGGUCUGAAAGUGGA